GGGGCAUGGGCUGCCCAAUGUGAGCCGUCCCCAGGGUCAUUUUGGGGCUGAAAGUGUUAAAGCCGGAGGUGUCUCGGCACAUGGAUUCCACCGGCUGCCAGGAGCUGGGCAUGCCAGCAGUGAGGGACAAUGGGGAUGUUCCACAGAGGGCUGGGCUGCUGCUGUGUAACAAUGGGUGACCUAUGCCAGGGUGGGCCAUCGCCUUGAAACAGGGGACACCAUAAACAGAGCCAUAUGCAGCAAGGAACGAGGGGGAGACCGCAGGGGAAGGAGCCUGUCAGCUGCGUCGGCAGCCAUGGCAGAGCUCACCCUGGGCCAGAUACUGGAUUCGGCCAUCGGGAUGCCCAAGACUGAUCCCAUCAACUUCGAGCAACUGCGCAACCUGCUGAAUGGGAUGCUUGUGAACCUGGGCCUGCGGGAUCUGGUCGUCCAGGAGAGUGGGGAACCCCCGGAGGGGACCCCGACAAUCCCCCCAGCUGCCUCUAUGGCUGCUGACCUUGAGGAGUUAAAGCAGAAAACGGAAGCCAAUGAAAGAGAAAUCGCUGAGGUCAGGGCUCUUUGCGAGCAGCUCCGUGUGGAGAUAAAUGAGGUGAAGGAGCAGCAGUCCCACAUGGAGGAGAACAUGCAGAAGAUGCAGGAGACUCUGAACAAGGCGAACCUCGAGGAUAUGGAGGAGAACCUCCACGACCAGCUGACGGACCCUGCCACAGACACUGUCAUGGACACUGUCAUGUCUUCCAUGAAGGACAUUAUGGGCGAGGACGGACAGGUUCCCCCGGACUGGCAGCAGGUCCCCCCGGACUGGGAGCAGGGGCCUGGCAUGCGCUCACACCCUUGGGAGAACCAGGGGCUGAUUGUCAUCGGCAGUGAAAUUGUCCUCACGGACAGGUUCAGGGCAUCCUCACCAAGACAGCGGGAUACCCGGUCCCCCAGCCCUGCACCCUCAAAGUCCAGGGCCGAGGCACAGAGCAGCGGGAAGGAUUUGCCACCUGGGGUCACGAGCAGCCCCCGAGUCUCCUUCAUGGCAAGUGACAUGGGAUGGAACGACAUGGGACGGAACAGCAUGGGACCCAUCAAGGAGGAAGAGAUCCAGAUGGGCAUCCCCAAGGGAGCAGCUCUUCCCGGCCCCAAGGCAUGGAGCAGAGGGAAGAACUUGCCGCAUGGGGCUGUGAGCAGCCCCCGAGUCUCCUUCAUGGAAAGCGACAUGGGAUGGAAUGACAUGGGACAGAUCCAGGACGAAGAGAUCAAGAUGGGCAUCUCCAAAGGAGCGGCUCAUCGAAGCUCAAGGGCACAGAGCAGAGGGAAGAACUUGCUGCACGGGGUCACGAGCAGCCCCCGAGUGUCCUUCGUGGAAAGUGGUGUGGGAUGGGAUGAAGUGGAUGAGAGUGGGGAUGAUGAGGAGAUCAAGACAAGCAUCUCAAAGGCAGAGGCUCUUCCCAGCCCCCUGGGUACUUCCCCUGAGAUGAACGACAUGGAGCAGAUCAAGGACGAAGAAAUGGAGAUGAGCUUCUCUAAGACAAAGAGUUUGGAUGGCAGUGUCACUGCCCUGAGAGUGCAUCCAGGAUCCCCUGGCAUCCACACCCCCAUCCAGCCCAUGAAGGCAGUACGAGGCCACCCAACAUCACAGAGCCUCUGGAUCCCAGAUGAGAGUGUGGCUGGGACUGACAGUGGUAGCAGGUCCCGGACAGCCAAGGAGGCACAAGGAAGGGGCAGCUUCAGGAUGGAGCCCUCUGGGAUGAAGCUCCUAAAGGUGCCCUCUCCCGAGUUCUUGCCCAGAGACCAGCCCUUCACCAUGCAGUUUCCUGGCCCGCCCUCUCCACCCGGGUCUCCUGCCCUCCCUGGGCUCUCUCCACCCGGGUCUCCUGCCCGCUCCAGGCGCUCCGAUAUCAUCCCCUACACGCCGCCGCCGUCCCCCGGGCUCACGGGGCGCCUGCCCCCCAUCGUCAAACAGUACCAGGAGCGCGGCCAAAGGGAGCAGGCAGAGAGCUAUUCCCGCAGAUCCCCCAUGUACUGUGGGGGCCGGCACACCAGCAUCUGCCCAGUGCAGCCGAUGGAGCCCCUCCUCCCAGACCCCAGCAAGCCCGGCGUGUUUGACCUGGUGGGCAGGGAUGGAAUCGUCUACCGAGGUCGGCAGUGCAGGAGGACUCCUAUGGGGUCCUGGACGGAAGGAGCAACCUAUUCCAAUCUGCAGUAAAGGGCUACGAGCAGCCAAGCA